AUGCUGUCUUUCCGUUCCGUCUUUGGGGCCUCGACCGGUGCCCUCCGUCAAAUUCUCCCCUCCUUCUCUCGCCGGUCCGCCGCUCUCGUUUCGCGCCCUUUCUCGCAAAUCGCACGCCUCUCCCUUGGCAAUGGCCUUCGCCUUUUGCGCUCUGGAAAGCAGACCAACAAUGUCGGAGUUGCUAGUGUGGGGUCCACAUUGAGACAAGUAGAGCAGGUCCGCGGAAUGAAGACUCGCUCAUCGGUGAAGCGGUUGUGUGAUGGCUGCAAGCCUGUGCGGAGAAAGAACCGCGUCUACAUUAUCUGCUCCAAGAACCCGAAGCACAAGCAGCGCCAAGGGAAAUAG